AUGUUAAUGCUGACGCUCCUCGGCGUGGAACUAACAAUGAUGACAAUGAUGAUGCUGUACUAUCCCUUAGCACUCAUCCAGUCGCUACUGGACGACUUUCCUGAUCUGCGCGUCGGCAUCUUGUACGACAUUGGUUGCCAACUCAACAAACACAUCACCAAAGCUCAGUGGGAGUCGGAAAGACAUCAUAACCUCACCACCGCAAUAGACGUCAACAUUCGCCAAAAGCUUGAGCUGGGAAGGCUGCUAUGUCUUGAAGAUCGCAUGUAUCGUGUCUGGGAUGAAGAUACUCUACUCGAGCUCAGGGCGUUUGAUCGUCUAGACCGAUUCCAGGACUUGGCCACUCAGAUCGCCGAGCAGCGGAGGAAGGUUUGGUUUGCCAAAACUGAGGUUCGAAGACAUUUCCUGGCUUUGAGGGCGGAACAGUGGCCGUUGGAUCCUGAAAAUAAAGUUGGGGGUAGUUCAAGGCUUGGUACGCACAAGAAAGAGAGGAUCAUGGGAGCUAUCGCAAGAAGGACACGCACUAUGAAAAAGACGCUCAAUAACUAUAACGACCUUGCUCGUGCCUUUGCAGAGCAGAACCCCGACCAGCCUGCUUCGCCCGAGGUCGAAUAUGUCAAUUUAAUUAGUAUGGAGCCCGACGAUCCCUUCUGGAGCAACGGACUAGUACAGGACUUAAAUCAACCCACCCAGCUCCUUCAACCUUUCCUCUCUAACAAAUCUCUCGACUCAUUAUCGAUUGGCGGGAAAGUUGAAGUUGCCAAAGGACUCCUUCACAACACCUUCGUGAGGAUUAGCACUUUGACUCUCCAUUGGGAUUCAAAAGCAAUGUCAGUGAUGAUGCUAACACCAGCUCAGAUAGGUGAUCUGGCGCUCAUGACGCUAUGGAAAUCACAAGUAUGUAGAAUUAAUGAUUUGCGCUCAAAAGAUUGUGCGUCAAUAAAACUAGGUGAUUUUGAAAACCUAUUUGGACCAGUUAAUCAAAUGCAAGAAGAUCCGCCUCAAAAUAGACUACUCGUAAUCGAAGAAGGUGGUGAGGAGGAGGAGGAGGAGGAACUAUGGCAUAUUGGGAUAGAAGAAGAAUGGGAGAAUCGAAUUAAUGAAGGCAUGCUGAUCAACAUGAUGGCCAAUGUAGGAUUAGAACGUGAUAUUCCUCCACCUAUAUUAGUCUAUUGA